CUUUUCUGGCUCAGAAUAUCCGUCGUUCGAAGUAAAAAGUUCAUAUCCGAAAUUCUAACCCCAUAUACUUCGCCUCGUUAUCGUGUUAUUAACAGCCUUUUCUUUUUCUUCUUUCCGGGAACCGUCCACUCCUUUGGUUCCUUGUCGCGUGAACUGCAGCUCGCGCUGCACAUCACCAAUUUAUUCAAUCCCUCUGUCGAUUGCCUAUCUGGCCCAGGUGGCGUAGAGGGGUUUUAUUCUUUGACCUAUUUCUUUGUCUUUGAUUCACAAUGGUGGAUCAAACUAGGUCAAUGGAGUCCCGGACAGGGCGGAAAAACCAACGGUACGGAUCCAAAGGCGAACGUCUCGUGGCCGGUGUGGUCCCCUUGUCCGCCGAUAAGUCACAAGUGCUUAUGAUUCAGUCCGCGGGACGAGGUGGUUGGGUACUACCCAAAGGUGGAUGGGAAACGGACGAAGAAACUGCUCAACAAGCCGCUUGCAGAGAGGCUUGGGAAGAGGCAGGCGUGAUCUGUACAGUGCUAAAGGAUUUGGGGCCGAUCCCUGAUAUGCGCCCAUCUUCCCUAUUGACGUCGCAUGCACCUAAAGCAUCAUACCAAUUCUUCGAGGUCAUGGUUGACCGGGAGGAAGACCAAUGGCCAGAGAUGAAUAAACGAAAGCGUCAGUGGGUUUCUUAUGCGCAAGCCGCAGCUGCUCUUGCGAGUCGCCCCGAACUCUUAGAGGCAUUAAAUCGCAGUUCUAUGAAACGGUAGCGACUGCCUCUCCUUGCCUGACGUUCUCCGUUCCAGGAGUUGAUUAAGCAAGGAACCUCUGGAAGAUCGCCUUCGGUCUUUGGUCUUCCCGUUACGACUUGACGUGAUCCUUUCCUUU